GUUGUUGUGGAAUUGUUAGAUUACUUGUUAGAUAUUACUGCACUGUCGGAACUAGAAGACAAGCCUUUCGCUACACUCGCAUUAACAUCUGCUAACCAUCUGUGACCCAUACAAAGGAUUUGAUAGUGACAUGAGGAUAAUAAAGGAUAACAGAUGCUGUACACUGUUGUAAUAAUAUAAAAAUAUAAUGUAAUGACAGCUGUCUUGUUUUGGUUGAGAAAUCUAUUUUCGUUUGUUUUGACUGACUUCUUUCCGUCGGAGGCCGGUAAAACAUGCACAAUGACUACGCUGAUACGACGCUCACGAACAUUUCCUGCCGCAUCUCAUAAUCCAGACCAAACUCACUCGGAAAGUGGAUACAUUUUUCCCGCUUGCUCUACGAGACCUCACCAUUUCCAAUUAUUUUCAGCCAAACAGUAAAUCAGUUCCAGAUCUACCCAACCUACCAUGUCUGAACCAAGUUCUGGUUGUGGUGUUCCAGCCCAGAGAAGCUCACAGCGGGCUCCAGAGUUGCUGUCAGUGAACCUGGGGUACUGCAGUCAAACAGUGGAACUCAAUGUGAUUGUAAAGGAGGAGGGCGAGGAGAGAGAAAUCAAUGAGGGGGAGGAGGAAGAGAGAGAGGAGGACAGGGCCUCUGUUGACUCAGGAGAGAUCCCCAACCCAGAAUCAGUCAAGGAGCCCAGUUCCACAGCAUCAAGACUGCCUGGUUGUGGGAGUUACCCCUGUCCUCAAUGUGGGAAGUGUUUCAGUCGAGCAGGAGACCUGAAGACUCAUCAGAGAUUGCACAGUGGAGAGAAGCCUGCCAGUACUUUCAAUGUGAUUGUCAAAGAGGAGGAGGAUGAAAAGGAAAUUGAUGAGACGGUAAAGAGAGAAGUUAAGGAAGAGCAGGAACCUAGUGGUGUAGUUGACCCAGAUACAUCAAGACUAUCUGGCCGUGGUCGAUUCCCAUGUCAUCAGUGUGGGAAGAGUUUCCGUUCCUCAGGUAAUCUAAAGAAUCAUCAAAGAGUACACACUCGAGAGAAACCAUUUCACUGUGCCACAUGUGGGAAGAGGUUCCGUGAAAAAUUCAACCUCACAGGACAUGAGAAGGUACAUAGUGGGGAGAAGCCUUACCACUGCACCCAGUGUGGGAAAAGCUUCAAUCGUUCUGGAAGUCUUAAGGAACAUCAAAGAGUACAUACAGGGGAGAAGCCUUAUCACUGCUCUCUUUGUCAGAAGAGUUUUAGUCAGCCAGGAAAUCUUAGGAAACAUCAGAGAAUACAUACAGGGGAGAAGCCUUACCGUUGCUUUCUGUGCGGAAAUAGUUUUGGUUUCGCUGGAAACCUAAAGAAUCAUCAGAGAGCACACUGUGGAGAGAAGCCUUACCACUGCUCUCAGUGUGGGGAGGGAUUCCCUCAACUAAAAAGUCUUAAAAGCCAUCAGAAAAUACAUUUUGGAGAGACACCUGCCUCUACUUUCAAUGUGAUUGUCAAAGAGGAGAAGGAUGAGAAGGAAAUGAGAGAAGUUGAAGAGGACGACAAUAUUGGCAUAGUUGACCCAGAUAUAUCAAGACUGCCUGAUCGUUACAUCUGUCCUCAAUGUGGAAAGAGUUUCAGUACCUCAAGUAAUCUUAAGAAUCAUCAAAGAGUACACACUGGAGAGAAACCUUUUCUCUGCUCCCAAUGUGGGAGGAGUUUCAGUGAGAAAGUAAACCUUAAGAGACACGAAAGAGUGCACAGUGGAGAGAAGCCUUACCACUGCACCACAUGUGGGAAGAGCUUCAAUCAUUCAGGAAGCCUUACAAAUCAUCAGAGAAUUCAUACAGGGGAGAAACCUUUCCACUGCUCACUGUGCGGAAAUAAUUUCCGUUUUGCUGGAGACCUAAAGAAUCAUCAGAGAUCACACAGUGGAGAGAAGCCUUACCACUGCUCUCAGUGUGGCGAGGGAUUCACUCAGCUAAGAAGUCUAAAAAGUCAUGAGAGAAUAUCCAUUGGAGGGAAGCCUGCCUGUGCUUUCAAUGUGAUUGUCCAAGAAGAGAGAGAAGUUGAGGGAGAGGAGAGUGAUGUGAAAUAAACGUGAAGUGAGGAUACAUAAGCUAACUGUAGGUAUUGAUAUUCACACCUAUCCUAGAAAUUGUGUAUUUUGUGACAACAUGGUCAUGGACAGCAUCAUUUAGGGCUAUCUUCAUCUUCUUUUACUUCUAUGAGUAUAUUGGAAGUUCACAAAUAGGCCUGUAUACUGUGGCUGAGUCUAUAUAGGCCUGUAUACUGGGGCUGAGUCUAUAUAGGACUGUUUACUGGGUCUGAGUCUGUUUAUAGUAUACUGGGGCUGAGUCUAUAUAUAGUAUAUACUGGGGCUGAGUCUAUAUUUGUCUACACUGGGGCUGAGUCUAUAUAUAUAAUAUAUACUGGGGCUGAGUCUAUAUAUAGUAUAUACUGGGGCUGAGUCUAUAUAGGCCUGUAUACUGGGGCUGAGUCUAUAUAUAUAAUAUAUACUGGGGCUGAGUCUAUAUAUAGUAUAUACUGGGGCUGAGUCUAUAUAGGCCUGUUUACUGGGGCUGAGUCUAUAUAGGCCUGUUUACUGGGGCUGAGUCUAUAUAGGACUGUUUACUGGGGCUGAGUCUGUUUAUAGUAUAUACGGGGGAUGAGUCUAUAUAUAUAGUAUAUACUAGGGGAUGAGUCUAUAUAUAGCAUA